GGAUAUCUGGGAGAAAGGCUCCAGGAACACUUCUCCGGCUCCCCACUACCCCGAGAUCAGGAAAUUGAGACCUGGAGAGACCAAGUGAAUACAAGUUCAUACAGUACAAAGGUGAAACUCAGACCAGACCACGCCCAGCUUCUAGAAGGACCAAAGAGCUUGGCUGGAUUCCUCCGCGCGGCGCGGGCGUCCGAGGAGGCAGACAAAAAGACCACGGAGCCGUCCUCGCUUUGCUGUCUCCUGCGCAGCUGUCAAACCAACGGUGACAGGACCUCUGCUGGACUCAGAGCCGGGUCUCAGUGCCCCUGCCUUCUGUUGGGCACCCAGCAAGUGUUCACCCCUCAGAACUCCCACCCUUCAACAGUGCCUCUGCCAGACACAAGGCCUACCCCAGCAUCCUAGGUGGAAUCUUCCCUGAGACUGAAGGGGAUGCCCAGGAUGAACUGCUGAGAGUGAAGAGGGAGAAUGGCACAAGCGUAUCAGAAAAGGUACAAGCCGUCCAAAGCUGGAGAAACCCUCUACGACAUACUGGAGCUGCCUCAGGGAGCAACACCUGAAGAGAUCAGGAAAGCCUACAGGAAAUUGGCACUGAAGUACCACCCAGACAAGAAUCCAGAAGACCCCGAUGCAGCAGAGCGAUUCAAAGAGAUCAAUGCAGCCCAUUCAAUACUUGCUGAUCCUGAUCAGCGCCAGAUCUACAAUACGUAUGGUGCCAUGGGCCUAUAUAUGGCUAACCGAUAUGGCUCAGAAACUAUCAAAAUGUAUUUCACUGUGACCAAGUGGUGGUUCAAGGGCCUGGUCCUCUUGUGCACACUUCUUUCUUGCUGUUGCUGCUGUUGCUGCUGCUGUUUUUGCUGUGGGAUGAACGUCCCACCAGAAUAUGAGUAUUUUAAGUCUAACAGUGAUCUACAGACACAACGUCCAAGGACAGGUGGAACUGAAGAUGCUUUCUCCAAUCUGAACCCAAAAAAGUAUGAAAAUGAAGAGGCAUAAAAUGCGAAAACUGGAGUACAAUAGUAUUCAAGGAGAAGAGAAGGGGCUGAAGCAAAUAAUUAGUGAAAAAAGUAUAUAACUUUAUUAUUAUUUUAUCUUGAUUACAAGUAAGUAAUAAAAGUUUGGGGUUUUUUUCUGUA